CUUUUUUUUUUUCAAUUUUAAAAAAAAAGAAUCUUUAUUUUAAAUAGAUAAAUGAAAUCUUAAAUAGUGGUGGCUCGUUGGACGAGGUUGUUGGGUAGAACUAGAUUUUGCCCUUGUCUUUAUUAUUCCCUUCUUCUUCUUCUUGGGUUAGUCCCUUGUUUGGUUCUGCUUGCACCAGAAAUAAGCAACUUCUUGGGUUGGGAGGUAAAAUUGCAGGGUAUUUCUUGAGUGUACAGUGGGGUGGGUGAAAAUGAAGUUUAUGAAGCUGGGGUCGAAGCCUGAUGCAUUCCAAUCUGAUGGCAACUUCAUCAGAUACGUGGCAUCCGAGUUGGCACCCGAUGUUAUCGUCAUUGUGGGAGAAGUAAAAUUCUAUCUUCACAAGUUCCCUCUCUUGUCCAAGUCCAACAGAUUGCAGACUCUCAUUUCGAACGAGUCCGACCUAAGCUGCGACACCAUUCAGCUGGACGAUUUCCCCGGGGGACCGAAGGCCUUUGAGAUAUGCGCGAAAUUCUGCUACGGGAUGACCGUCACGCUCAAUCCCUACAUUGUCGCCGGGGCCCGGUGCGCGGCGGAGUAUCUCGAGAUGACGGAGGAUGUCGAGAGGGGAAACCUUGUUUUCAAGAUCGAGGUUUUCCUCAACUCGAGCAUCCUCCGGAGCUGGAAGGACUCCAUCAUAGUCCUCCAAACCACAAAGUCCCUCCUCCCGUGGUCCGAGGACCUCCGGCUCGUGGCGCGGUGCGUGGAUUCCGUCGCGUCGAAGAUCUCGGUGGACCCCGCGAAUGUCUCGUGGUCCUACACAUGCAACCGAAGACUUCUCAAGAGCUCGAGCGUUGUAAGUGCUUCCGAGAUCAAGACGGGGUCGGUUCCGACGGACUGGUGGGUGGAGGACAUUUGCGAGCUUGAAAUGGAUCUCUACAAACGGGUCGUAACCGCCGUGAGAUCAAAGGGGAAGACGAAGGAGGGGGUGAUUGGGGAGGCGCUCCGAGCUUACACCGCGAGAUGGGUCCCAGAAUCUGCCCAUUCCUCGUCGGAGUUCUCCGAAUCUCGCAAGAAUCUAAUCGAAACAAUCGCGUCGUUACUACCCCCGUCUGGAGUCGGUUGCUCGUGCAACUUUCUUCUGAGGUUGUUGAAGUUUGCCAUUCUCGUCGACGCGGAGGAUUCGACGUAUGAGGUUCUAUUAGAGAGUAUAAGCACGAAGAUCGACGAGGCUUCCGUCGACGAACUGUUGAUCCCGGCUAGGGUUCCGCAAGCGGCCAUCUACGACGUGGAAUUGGUGAAGGAUCUCGUGCGUCGGUUCGUGUCGGGAGGGAGCGAGAAAGGGCGGGGAGUGUCGUGGGUGAAUUUGGGGAAGCUCGUGGAUGGAUAUCUGAAGGAGGUGGCUCGUGAUCCCGGGUUGAACCUGGACGGUUUCGUUGAAUUGAUUCGUUGCGUUCCUGAAUCUGCUAGGCCAAUUCACGACGGCCUCUAUGAUGCCAUUGAUAUAUAUCUCCAGGAGCAUCCGGGCAUGACCAAAGCAGACAAGAAGAAGCUGUGUGGGCAAAUGGAUGUCCGGAAGUUAACCACGGAUGCGUCGAUGCACGCAGCUCAGAACGAGCGGCUGCCGCUGCGGACGGUGGUUCAGGUACUGUAUUUCGAGCAGAGCAGGGCGGCAGCCGGAGUUCAACUCCAACAACAGCCGCCUCUAACCAACAGCAGCAGCUGCUGCUCUGACGAUUCGGGCGGCGGCUGUGGCGGCAGGGCGGCGGUCACUCACCACCAUCAUCAGCAACAGCAGCUCGUAGUCUGGGAGAAAGAGCCGGUACCCGACACCCGCAAGUUCGAAACGGACUGGACGGGCGUGGUCUCGGACAAGUACCCGCAGGCGGCAGCCGCCGCCCAGCUGUCAAAAAACGCGAGCUGCAAGAACAGAGGAGCGGCGGCGGCUCAGUUGCUGCCGUCGCGGUCGAGGAGAAUCUUUGACAAGAUAUGGGCGGUCCGGAAGGGGGUCGGAAGCGGGGAGAACAGGAGCUCGGAGACGUCGGGCAGCUCGCAGAGCCCGAAUUCGUUGCUUCAAGGCGGGGAAACUAACCAGUCCUCUGGUUCGUCUUCAAGAAACAGAAGGCACUCCAUUUCUUAGUCUCUCUGCUAAAAUCUUUGUGUAAAAAAGAAAAAAAGAGAGAUUCUUGGAUUCUAUCUAGUAAAUUAGUUAAAAUCCGGUGUAUUAGUAAAAAAAAAUGUGACUCAAAAGUCAAAGUUAUUUUGUUGUUUUUUGCCCAUUCUGUCCCUCUCUGUCCCUUU